GUUUAUGACCGGCUGCAAAAGCAUGCUGCUGCGCAUUAUGAUCCAGAGCACCAGCAGGACUUCACCAGUGACACCUUAAAAUCAAGGCACCAGCAAAAAAGCAACAACCAGCAUCAUCUCGACUGGCCGGCGAGCUCCGAAUCUGGUUCGGCUUCCCAAACCUGCUUCAUUGACCCCGAGCCGAGUCGAGAAGCCAGCGGCUCCGCCAAGAUCCCUGCCUCGGAGACCACUGUGUCUUUCAGCAAAUCCCAGUCUAAGAAAUCUAACGCCAGCAACACAUGGGGUCAGUUGGCCACCAGUAAUAACAAAGACCAUACUGUGUGCAGCGCAGUCCCGGGAUCCAGUGCCCUUGGUGCGACUUCCCAGUCUGCUAAUCCAUCAGAUUGCAAUGGUUUUUUGCCACUGUUGAGUCAAGAGGGAGGGGGACAGAUGGAGGCUUCUGAUCCACCCAGUGGCAGCACAAAGAAAAAGUCCAGUAAAAAAGAUUUAAUCAAUCAAACCGUCCAACACACAGACAUGGAAUGGGUGAAGAAUACUCAGAAGUCCUUUGAGGCCAAAACUCACGACAGUAUGGAAGGGAAAAAGGAAUCCGGUGCAACCAAACCAUCGCCCAUUAGGCAAAGCCCAAACUCCGCCAACAGUUCCGAAAGCGACUCCAGUCGCAUGCGAAUUACUCUACCAAUCAAGACUCCAACAGUGGAGCUGCCUAGCCACAAAAGGAAGAAACGGCAGUCCCCCAAGACUGCUGUUGACAAGAAUGUCCCAGAGAAAGCCUCACCUUCCGGACACCCUGUGAGCAAUGAUGUAGCCAGCAGGACUAACUCACAAACAGAGGUAUGCAAGAAAGAUCCGCGAGUCGCAAAACAAGGAAAAGCUCCAGAAAGUGAGUCUCCAUUAGUGCCAGUGGAAAAUAAUGAGGUCGCUCAUAGAUCUCCUGCAUCCAAUGCCACCAGGCUCCGAAAGUCCACGACUGUGAUGCCUGCUUCGCUGGCCAUUGAUACUCCUGCACCCAGCAAACAGUCAGAGGUUCAACAUCCAAAGUUUGCCGCCAAACGAAGAUGGACUUGCAGCAAACCUAAAAAUAUGCUCCGGGAACCUCCCCUAGGCCCCUCUGAGAAACUGAUGGUAGAACCUCCAUCAGCAUAUCCCAUAACCCCGUCUAGUCCUCUGUAUACCAAUACAGACAGUCUUACUGUGAUUACUCCCAUCAAGAAGAAGAGGGGGCGACCAAAGAAGCAGCCUUUACUCACUGUCGAAACCAUCCACGAAGGAACAUCCACCAGCCCAGUCAGUCCAAUCAACCGAGAAUUCCCUGGUACGAAAAAGAGAAAGAGGAGACGAAACUUGGCAAAGUUGGCCCAGAUGGCUCCAGGAGAGGAUAAAUCUAUCAGCGAGCUGAAAUUUCACAAAAAGGUCGGCAAGCUCGGUGUGUUGGAUAAGAAGACCAUAAAGACCAUCAACAAAAUGAAGACCCUCAAGAGGAAGAAUCUUUUGAGCCAGAUCUUAUCCUGCUCGAGCAACAUAGCUUUGAAAGUGAAAACACAGCCACCAGCUAGUACGGGGACUACUCCGACCAUUGAUGCCCGACUAGGGAAGCAAAUAAAUGUGAGCAAGAGGGGGACAAUCUACAUUGGCAAGAAAAGGGGAAGAAAGCCACGGUCUGAGUUGCAGCCCCCGUUGGAAGAACCGAAGACAGCCAUCAAACAUUUGAGGCCUGUUUCCAGCCAGCCAGAAAACCCAGCAGUGCCUUCCCACUUGCAUUCACUUGGGACACCGUCACCAGCAGCUGUUCAUCCGCUUUCGACGCAGUUAGUGGGGUCUAACGGCAACCUUAGCCCUGCCAGCACUGAAACAAAUUUUUCAGAACUGAAAACUAUGCCAAAUCUACAGCCCAUCAGCGCUCUUCCCACAAAAACCCAGAAAGGGAUACAUAGCGGGACUUGGAAAUUGUCCCCACCCAGGCUAAUGGCAAAUUCUCCUUCCCACCUUUGUGAUAUAGGUUCCCUGAAGGAAGUCACGCUCUCACCAGUGAGCGAAUCCCACAGCGAGGAAACCAUACCAAGUGAUAGUGGGAUUGGAACGGACAACAACAGUACGUCUGACCAAGCAGAGAAGACUUCAGAAUCUCGCAGAAGGUACUCGUUCGACUUCUGCAGCCUGGACAAUCCAGAGGCGGUUCAGUCGGACACCAGCACUAAGAACAGACACAGCCACCGGCAGAAGCAUCUCAUUGUCGAUAACUUUCUCUCUCACGAGACCAUGAAAAAACCAAAGCACAAGAGGAAGAGGAAGAACCUGCAGAACAGAGACGACCUCCAGUUCCUCGCAGACCUGGAAGAACUCAUCAGCAAGUUCCAAGUGUUCAGGAUUUCCCACAGGAGCUACACGUUUUAUCACGAAAACCCGUACCCCAGCAUUUUCAGGAUCAACUUUGAUCACUAUUACCCUGUGCCAUAUAUCCAGUAUGACCCAUUGCUGUAUCUUCGCAGGACCUCCGACCUGAAGUCUAAGAAGAAGCGUGGUAGACCUGCCAAAACCAAUGACACCAUGACAAAGGUGCCUUUUUUACAGGGGUUUGGUUACCCUAUUCCCAGUGGGAGUUACUAUGCACCCUAUGGAAUGCCUUACACAUCAAUGCCUAUGAUGAAUCUUGGUUACUAUGGUCAGUACCCAGCUCCUUUGUACCUGUCCCACACACUCGGAGCCGCUUCUCCAUUUAUGAGGCCUACUGUGCCCCCUCCCCAGUUCCACACAAGCUCUCACAUGAAGAUGCCCAAUACUGCCAAGCAUAAAGUGAAGCAUGGCGUUCAUCUGCAGACCCCCGUCGGGAUGGGCCUUGGGGACGUGCAUUCAUCGCUGACGUCUCCAAAGGUUUCGGGGCCGAGCAUGCCCAGCGGCCGGCUUCACAAAAGGAAACACAAGCAUAAGCACAAACACAAGGACGAGCGGAUACUGGGGGCUCACGAUGACCUGAGCAGUCUCUUUGCUAGCAAGUCCGCCGGCUUCUCCAGCCAUUCAGUCAGUGAAAGGUUAAGCGUCUCGGAUAAAGACCUCUCUCUGCUGACCGAGAAGAGCAAGCAUAAAGAGAAGCAGAAGCACCAGCAUUGCGAAACGGGGCACAAAAGCUCCAAGAGCAACUUUGAAGUGGACACCUUGUCUUCGUUGUCUCUCUCUGACACCCAGCAGUGGGCACCAAGCAAGGAUAAGGGCGAUUCCGGCAAUGACCCCGUCGACUCGUGCAUGAAGAGGUACUCUGGUGCAAGGUCUGAGUCUCUGGACGUGUUCGGCGAGAUCAGUUCGUUGAGCGAAAAGCGGGACAAUGACGGGAGCAGUAGCAAAAGGAGGAGUUUUGAAGGAUUCGGGACCUACAGGGAGAAGGACCUUCAGACUUUCAGGACGAGUAGGAGGGACAGGAGUUCCUACGAUUCCUCUGCUGCUUCAG